CGACCAUGAAAUUAAAGCCAUCUUUAUUGAACAUCAAGCCCCCAAAUCAAAUUGUCACAGCCAAAUCUUCACCAUCUGAUCGCCUCUUAAAUUGAUCCAACGGCGCUCCCAGCUCAUCACCUGCACACGUGUCAAAACUGCACCCGUCGCUCCAGUAUUAGACGGGCCCACAGUAGAUCCCAUAGUCGAGACUUCCAGCCUCCUCUAAUGAGUUACCUCGACCUUGCGCCGACGACCCACCGUUACUCUUCGCCGGGAAAUCUCCUCGACCAGUCUCGGUUGCUCUCGUGCUCGUGCUUCUACGACGACGGUUAGGGUUUUGGAGAGAUUCGAAGUGUGAGCGCGAACCGAUUGGGGUUUGUGAAUCACGAGACUCGAAGCUGAUAAAGCGGACGAGCUCAGGCUCCAUUAACAUGUUAUCGAAGCUUUCAGAGCAUUCAAGGAUCUGAAACGUUUAAAUUAUGAUAAAUAUGUCGAUGCUGCGACGCAGGAGGGGAUCGGAACAGGAAAGAAGUUCGAAUUCCGAUGCUCGGGUUCCUGGAGAAAUUGAAAACGAUAGCAGAGAACAGGAGAAGAGAGAGAAAGAGAGAGAAAAGGAGAAGAAAAAGCAAGCGGUAGAGAGGAGGAAGAAGAAGUGGUCUUGCGUCGACAGCUGCUGUUGGCUCGUAGGGUGUAUAUGUUCAACUUGGUGGUUUUUGCUGUUUUUAUACAAUGCGAUGCCCGCGUCGUUCCCGCAGUACGUGACGGAGGCCAUCACGGGGCCGUUGCCGGACCCUCCCGGCGUGAAACUGCGCAAAGAGGGGCUGACGGUGAAGCAUCCGGUGGUUUUCGUCCCGGGAAUCGUCACCGGCGGGCUCGAGCUCUGGGAGGGGCACCAAUGUGCUGAUGGAUUGUUUAGGAAGAGGCUCUGGGGCGGCACGUUUGGAGAAGUCUAUAAAAGACCGUUAUGCUGGGUUGAGCACAUGUCACUGGAUAAUGAAACUGGACUGGACCCUUCUGGUGUACGGAUCAGGCCUGUAUCUGGACUUGUGGCAGCUGAUUACUUUGCACCUGGUUAUUUUGUCUGGGCAGUUUUAAUUGCAAAUUUGGCUCGCAUAGGUUAUGAGGAGAAAACCAUGUAUAUGGCUGCAUAUGACUGGAGAUUAUCAUUUCAGCACACUGAGGUGCGGGACCAAUCUCUAAGCAGGAUAAAAAGCAAUAUAGAACUUAUGGUAGCUACAAGUGGUGGGAAAAAGGUGGUUGUUAUUCCACACUCAAUGGGUGUACUGUACUUUCUGCAUUUUAUGAAGUGGGUUGAGGCACCCGCUCCAGUUGGGGGUGGGGGUGGAUCAGAUUGGUGUGCUAAGCACAUAAAAGCAAUAAUCAACAUCGGAGGACCCUUUUUAGGUGUCCCAAAAGCUGUGUCUGGGCUUUUCUCUGCUGAAGCCAAGGACAUUGCUGUCGCCAGGGCUAUUGCCCCAGGUGUUUUAGAUAUGGAUGUAUUUGGUCUCCAAACCUUACAGCAUGUAAUGCGAAUGACACGUACAUGGGAUUCAACCAUGUCAAUGAUACCCAAAGGCGGGGACACAAUUUGGGGUGGCCUUGAUUGGUCCCCGGAAGAUGGCUACAGCUGUAAUGCGAAGAAGCUGAAGAACAAUGAUACUCAAACUGAGGAUCAAAAUGAGAAAGAGAGAACAGUUAUGGCGAAAGCUGUAAAUUAUGGAAGACUUGUAUCUUUUGGAAAGGAUGUAGCUGAAGAACAUUCGUCCAAGAUUGACAGGAUAGAUUUUAGGGGUGCUGUUAAGGGUAAUAACCUCGCCAACAUGACCUGCCGCGAUGUAUGGACGGAGUACCAUGACAUGGGUGUUGGCGGAAUCAAAGCUAUUUCAGACUACAAAGUUUUCACGGCUGGCUCAAUUUUGGAUAUGCUUCAUUUUGUUGCCCCGAAGAUGAUGGCACGUGGGGGUGCUCAUUUUUCAUAUGGCAUUGCUGACAACUUGGAUGACCCAAAGUACGAUCAUUACAAAUACUGGUCGAACCCCUUGGAAACAAAAUUGCCAAAUGCUCCAGAGAUGGAGAUCUACUCAAUGUAUGGAGUCGGAAUUCCCACUGAAAGGGCAUAUGUUUACAAAUUAACCCCUUCUUCUGAAUGCUACAUUCCCUUUCAGAUUGAUACUUCAGCUGAGGGCGGAAGCGAGGAUGCAUGUCUAAGAGGCGGGGUUUUUCUGGUUAAUGGAGAUGAAACUGUUCCUGUUUUAAGUGCAGGUUUCAUGUGUGCGAAAGGUUGGAGGGGGAAGACCCGAUUUAAUCCUUCAGGCAUUCGUACUUACGUAAGGGAGUAUGAUCAUGCCCCUCCAGCCAAUCUCCUAGAGGGACGGGGCACUCAAAGUGGUGCUCAUGUUGAUAUAAUGGGGAACUUUGCAUUGAUCGAGGAUAUCAUUAGAGUAGCAGCUGGGGCUAAAGGAGAGGACCUUGGGGGAGAUCGAGUUUUCUCUGAUAUAUUCAAAUGGUCCAAAAAGAUCAACUUACAGCUCUAAAUUCAUAUGAAACAUGUGCUUUGUCGAUCGAUGAACUACUUGCUGCUCCUGUUGGUGGUGGUUCUCGCAGCAGCAUUGCUGGCGAUGGUGGUGAUGUCAUUUCAUGCGUAUAUUGAUGCUGAAGAUUGAAAUGAGGAAUGGGUUGCUCAAAUUGCAGCUUACGGGUAUCUGCUGUCAUCUAUUUGUGUUCAUGGUCUUUCAUUAAUCUUUGGCUUAUGGAAUGGGCAGCUUGCUUAAUUUUCCAAUUUUGUCAAAAUUUUUUAGAACGCUGAGAAUUAUUUAACUAGAGUUAAAUAAAAUUUGAUAUGUUCAAGCA